AGCUAAUCAAAAGCUCAGGGGCAAAGAAAAUUACUGCUUCUUUUUCACCUGCAGUGCUGAAUCUGGUUUUGCAAGACGGGGGCACAAUGGCUCUCAAUUCCAAGUUCAUGCACCUCCUUGGUUACGAUGUGUUGCUGGGUUCGGUUGCUGCUAUUUAUGUGUUCAUGGCACCCUACACAAAGGUUGAAGAAAGCUUCAAUGUUCAGUAUGAUCACCUAGACUUUCCUGGAGUAGUUCCUCGGACGUUUAUUGGGGCCUUGAUUGUAUCAAUAUUAUCUUGUCCGUUUGCGAUAGUAGCAAGUUUACUUCAGUUGCCAAAGAUAUAUAGUCUCUAUGCAGGUUUCACCAUCUUGUAUACACUGCGAUUCUUCCGGAUUCAGAUCAGGAAGAAUUUUGGAUCUCAAGUUGAAGCAUUUUUUGUAAUAUUGACUGCCAUUCAGUUUCACACGUUGUUCUACUGCACAAGGCCCCUUCCUAAUAUAUUGGCAUUUGGUCUUGGUAAGAUUCUGUCUGUUAGAAAAGUAAACUUGGCCUAUGGGUAUUGGUUUAAGCAAAGUUUUUAUGCAGCAUUAAAUUCUUUGGUUUUGGCCACCAUUAUCUUCCGAUGUGACAUCUUGUUACUUGCUAUGCCUCUGGGCCUAGAGCUACUUCUGUCUAGAACAAUUUCAUUGCCGAAAGCUCUAUUAACUUGCGGGAUAACUGUUUUGUUUUGCAUAGGUCUUACGGUGCUGGUAGAUUCAUUACUAUGGAGGAGAUUGUUAUGGCCUGAGCUUGAGACUCAUGCUUUUCACUGGUACUUCACAUCAGCACUUCCCCGCUCAUUGCUGGCAGCAUAUCCACUGUUUGUGGUGAGUCAUGUAAACUAUUCAAAAGAAGUAUGGGUUCACAUUGACACCUUCUCAGCCAUUAAUGGGAUCUCACGCUUCUGUGAGAAUGGCGAGCCAUGGCGUGAGCAUGAACUAAUCCAUGGUUACAAGUGUUUAUUUAGCAUAAAGGGAUUUUCUGGUCUUCGUGUUGGUGCACGAUUUCCUCCCGUAUCGCUGGUCAAAAGCCCCAAGGUAUUUGUCCAUGGGAACUUGGAAUAUGAGGAAAUAUACCGUAGAAGCUGGCCAGGAUGCUAAUUUCUGACUCAAGAGAUAAAAGCCUAGAAAAAGCUUCACUUGCUGUAAUAAACUCCCAACUGUGAGCAAAAUCAAACUAAAAGAAAACAAAAAGAAAAAAUCAUUAACAUUCAGAAUGCCUUCAAAGAUUUUUUUUUUUAUUUUUUUAUUUUUUUUUAUUUUUUAUCUACAGUAUUACUUUUAGCUAAGAAAUAUCGUUUAUCACUUCAAAUAGUGACUGUUGUAUGAGUUGAAAAUUCACCCAUUGCAAAGUCUUGAAGUGCUUUACCCGACUAUUUAUGUUCAUUGAUUUA